GUCUGUGUCUGUGUCUCUGUGUGUACGGGGUAACUAUUAAUUGUCAUUUUGGUAGCUUUUCCCAAGUUUAUAUCAACUUUUCUUUUCUGAGCUGAUGCUAGAAUUUCCAUUUCCUGGUAACUAUUAAUUGUUGAAUCCAAUUUCCUUCCAUUUAUAGUAAGCAAAUGGAGUUAUUACUUGCUAUGCCUUCCGGAUGUAACCGCCAUUUUUGAAGCUCAAAAGUCCUUGUUAUCUGCAUAAUCCUAUGGCUCUGCCACUCACCGUCUCCAUGUCGAAUAAAUGGAGCAGAAAGAAACGCCACUUCCCUUUACUCGCAGGUCUUCUCCUGGUUUUCUUAGCUUGUUCGGUUAUCUACAUUGAAUUCAGCAUUCAACAAAUCCAUCAAAGCCCGGAUCAUGUUCUUCACAGUCAACGACAAACUUCAUCAUUUACUUAUGUAAAACCAAAUCUUCCCAAAGGAGCUUCAGAGGUUUUGGAUGGAUCCAGUAGUUGCAACUCUACUAGGAACUACAGUGGGAAGAAAAUCCGGUGGGUCGGCACGGAUGCGGAAUCGAAUCAGCGGAGGAGCAUAAGCCAAGAGAACAGCUGUGAUGUGUUCUCCGGCAAGUGGGUGUUUGAUAACCAAUCGUACCCGCUUUACGAAGAGUCCGACUGUCCUUACAUGUCGGACCAGUUGGCAUGUCAUAAGCAUGGGAGGUCCGAUUUGCAGUAUCAGCACCGGAGAUGGCAGCCUCAUAACUGCAAUUUGAAGAGAUGGGAUGCGACUGAAAUGUGGGAGAAGUUGAGAGGGAAGAGGCUAAUGUUUGUGGGAGAUUCUCUGAAUAGAGGUCAAUGGAUAUCAAUGGUGUGUUUGUUGCAAUCAGUGAUCCCAGCAAAUAAGAGAUCCAUGACUCCUAAUGCUCAGCUUACCAUUUUCAGAGCAGAGGAAUACAAUGCCACCGUGGAAUUUCUCUGGGCUCCGCUUCUGGUUGAGUCCAAUUCUGAUGACCCGGUGAAUCACAGGCUGUCUGAACGAAUUAUCCGUCCGGAUUCAGUACUCAAGCAUUCAGCACAGUGGGAGCAUGCGGAUAUACUAGUUUUUAACUCGUACUUAUGGUGGAGACAGGGCCCAGUUAAGCUGCAAUGGAGUGGUGAGGAAAUUGGAGCCUGCGAGGAGCUCGAUGGGUUAGGAGCAAUGGAACUCGCCAUGGGAGCUUGGGCAGACUGGGUAGCAUCAAAAGUCAUUCCCCUGAAGAAACAUGUCUUUUUCGUUACAAUGUCGCCAACACAUUUCUGGAAAGAAGAGUGGGAAGCUGGAAGUAAAGGAAACUGCUAUAAUGAAACGAGACCUAUCGAUCGGGAAGGCCACUGGGGAAGUGGUUCGGACUUGGCUACCAUGCGCAUGGUGGAUAAAAUGGUUUCUGGUUUGGGUUCGAAGGUAACAGUUAUCAAUAUAACACAACUCUCAGAAUACAGAAAAGAUGGGCACCCUUCCAUCUAUAGAAAGUUUUGGGAGACACUGAGCCCCCGGCAGUUGGGGAACCCUGCAAGCUACUCUGACUGCAUACACUGGUGCUUACCAGGUGUGCCUGAUGUGUGGAAUGAAUUACUGUUCCAUUUUUUGUAAAAAUUAAAUCUUAUUUUAUUUAUGAAUUAAAUGUAAUCAGCUCCCUUGGAUGGGAUGGUUCAUAUUUGGGUUGAGUGGAAAUGAAAUGAUUGUUUUGUUUUGUUUGA